AUGGUUGGCACUGUGAUCUGCGGCGCCCUUUUGGCAGUCGGCCAUCACCUGUACUAUGACAGCCUCAACGACACGCGUGUCCACUCGAUUAACCAGCAGACUUGGGCGAUUCGAAUUGGAACAGGCUUUGCAUUUCUAAUCCGGCCUUUUCUGGUUGCUGCUGUUGGAGUCGCAGCGACGCAGCGCAAGAAGAGUAUCCGGCUCUAUACAACUGACAGCAUGUGUGCGGUCAUGGGCAGCCCGCUUGCGCUCCUCAUGUGGGACAUCUGGGUUUACGCGAAGACACUGACUCUUCUCGCAAUCCUCGCAUGGCUCAUCCCCCUAACCGCCAUCGUUACCCCUGCCACCCUCUCUCCAUAUUGCACACCCAUAGCAAGCGAAUAUAUCCUAAAUGUUGACCCGGAAUCCCUGCAUCGUCAGAGUUGA